AUGUAUGUGAAAUGCUUUGAUACAGUAAUGUUUUACUAUGUGAUUUUAGUGUAUUUAGUGAAUGUCACUUUUUGUAAUUUUCAAAUUUCCCACCACUUCCAUCCCCCGUACGUCCCGACGUCGCAGGGGACGGAACCCAGAAGACAGAUGUCGGCAUCCGCCGGAGGAGAUUACAGGGGACACUGCAGGAGGGACAUCGCGGGAGCGCAGGACAAGGUAAGAGAAGAACAGAUCCCGGAGCAGCGCCGCAUGGUAAGCCCGAGUGUAGCUCGGGGUUCACCGCUUUUGCUACACUCGGGAAUACCGCCAGGGAGGCUACGG